GCGACCCGCCGGAGGGGGGGAGGGGGGGGUCAGUCGGUUACAGGGAUAUUAUUGAGUGAAAUUGGUGGAAAUGCUGAGCUGCGGAGAAAUCCGGUGAUCGGCUCCCGCCUCCCCAUUGGCCGGGCCGGUCACAUGCCCGCCUAACUUUAUUCAGUUGACAGCAAGUAGGAGGGCUCUAUGGCAGGGGGAAAAAAAGACAACACGAGAAAAAUUAGUAUUUUCUACCUUCAGAAAUUAAUGGCCAUGAGUUCGUAUAUGGUGAACUCUAAGUAUGUGGAUCCCAAAUUUCCUCCUUGCGAGGAAUAUUUGCAGAAUAGCUACCUAGGCGAGCAGGGGGCCGAGUACUACAGUGCCUCGCAGGGCUCUGAUUUCCAGCACCAGGGACUCUACCCACGGUCAAACUACAGCGAGCAGCCCUUUAGCUGUAGCAAUGCCCAAGGCUCUGCCGUGCAGCCGCGGGGUCACGGACAGGAGCAAUCCGGCCCGGCGAGCCACUUCCCCGGCCAAGCAGAGCAUUGUCCACCGCCUCCAAUGUCCAACUCGCGAGCCUGCAGCCAGCAGCCGGCCCUCAAACCCCCAAACGGGUCAGCAGUUAAGCAGCCAGCAGUAGUUUAUCCCUGGAUGAAGAAAGUCCAUGUUAACUCGGUGAAUCCCAAUUACAACGGAGGGGAACCUAAACGCUCCCGCACAGCUUACACCAGACAGCAAGUCCUAGAACUGGAAAAAGAAUUUCAUUUUAACAGGUACCUGACCAGGCGCCGCCGUAUCGAGAUAGCCCACACUUUGUGUCUCUCUGAGCGCCAGAUCAAGAUCUGGUUUCAGAACAGAAGAAUGAAGUGGAAAAAAGAUCACAAACUGCCCAACACGAAGGGCAGGUCUUCUUCCUCUGGUUCAAACCCCCAUUUACAGACUGGUUCCAAGGACCAUCAGACUGACUUGACAACUUUGUAGAAGAGGUGAAAUUUUCCAUUUCAUCCUUCGCUUCUGACCAGUACUGUACAUAACUGACACUGCCCAAGCAGAACCUGCAUGUAGCAGCUAAGGACUCGAGAAAUUGUCAUCUUUCUUUAAGGUACUGUUGUACAAAGGAGACAAAAUGACGCUACUUUGGACUUUAUUUUAUUUGCCUCUGCUAGCACAACCUAAAAAAAAAGGGGAAAAAAAAGGGGGGGGGGGGAGAAAAAAAAAAGAAACAUCAUGCAGGCAGUGGGAAUUGGGAAAAUAUUAAACGAGACCUUCUGUCCAUAAAAAGUAAUAAAUCAUUGAAAAUGAAACUGUCCUGUGUUUCAGUGUGGAAUUCGAAAGUGAAGGUUUGAUGCUUUAUUCUGGGAUUUUUACUUUUAAUUGUCUUUUUAUCCCAUGCAAUUUCGGGAGGAUGCGUUUGGACAAGUUGAGGACAGGAAAUUUAUAGUAUAGUCUUUUAUUUGAACAUAAAGGCUAGUAAUUGUGAACUUUUUGUGCUGCUUUACCUUUCUUGGUGUAAUGAAAAUACUUGCUCAUUUCCAUAACGUCUCAGAAGAUGUGCAUAGGAAUUAAGUGAAAACGGGUUAUUUUAUGUACCGAUAGUGUUAGCGUAUUUAUUUAUUUGUUACAUAGAAGAGUGGAGAUAAAAAGAAAAAUAGUCAAACCAAAAACGGGGAAAGGGAGCUGAAAUACAGUAUUUCUCCUUCCCAGUCUCAUAAACACAUGUAUAAUGUUUACUUGUCUUGAACGUACACAACUUUCUUGUCCCUUUUUUUGAAUUUCCUUCUUUGUGAAUAGGGAAAGCGUCCCUGCUCCUUACCGUGUGCCAUCCAGGGCUAACAGGCUUGAAAUCUGUUUCCAAAGUCUGCUCUGCUCAGCGCUGUACUUUAAACCAUCGAUACCUCAUUUAAAAAUUAAAAACAAAAAAAAAAAGAAAAAGAGAAAAAAGAGAAAAAAAGACCACAGAACCCCCAACUCCCACAACAAAAAAGCUAAAAAGGAAACCCCAGAGUGAAAAUUUAGUGCGAUUUCUGAUAUUUCUCAUAUAACCUGGGCCAUUCAAAGCUGAAUGCAUUCUUUCUAUCAGAUUUUAAAUUUCCUUUCUGCCCAAGAGAGAGGCAGGCUAUGUGUGUCGCUGCUUUGUUUUGUUUUGGGGUUAUUUUGGUUUGUUGAGUGUUUUUGCUUUGGGUUUGUUUUGGUUUUUUUUUUGGAAGAAAGUGAUUGUUUUUAAGCAAACCACGACACAUGACUGCAAUGGUUGGAAAUCUCAGCAAGUUGCUUUCAAGGAAAGGGGAAAGGCUCGGAUGGGAGCAGAGCUGGUCUAAUACCCACGGAUUUGUCCCUGGCUGCUUCGUGCCAAAGUUUUAGUGCGUUGUGACUAACAAACCCAGCCAAACCAGCUCCCUCAACCACUUACACCUCCGCUCGGGCGAUUUGAAAGCUCAACCCUUAUCUCCUGUACCCUCAGGGCAGCCUGGGAGAGGGACCACAUCAUCGAAAUUGUAACGAGGUGAUCCUUUUAUUAAAGAGAAAAGGGGGCAAAGAAGGAAACCCAGAGCGAACGCUGGAGGGAGGUGGAAAGAGUAGGGGGUGAGUUAACGUGCCCAUCUCCAGGCUGGGUGCUUCCCACCGAGGAGUCACUGCUUUCUGGGCUCGCUCGGGAAAACACUGGCCAAAAUGGGCUUGAAUGAAUUCGAAAAUAAAAGGCGAGCUUUUCAACAGGAGUGUAUUCGGCAGCAUUAACUGUGGCCAGCGGUUAAUUUCUGCCCUUUUCUCAUCCCUAGAAGUCCGCGAAGUGUCUUGUAAGACUUGGCCUUUUGUUUUAGAGCCUGGAGAAAACUCUUUGUUCUUCCUUAGGGUUAGCCCAGUUCUCAGACUUGCACAUGGCAAUACUUGAAUAUCUCCACGUCGUGAUAUUAAAGAUGGAUAUUCCCGCAUUAUUCGCAUCAUUGUUUCUAUGACAAAAAGCACCGAGUUCAUACAUAGUAAAGACGUCUUUUUUCUGACGCCUUCACGUUGAGAAGCUGAAAAGGUAUUUUACUGAAGUUCGGCUAAAUUGCAGGAACAGGUUCACCCAGAGGACAAAUUUUCUAUUCGAUUAGUUGUAUUUCAGCCGGGAAGAGUGACCUCUAAACCCUUAACCUUUUGGACCCAAACUACCCUUCCCUUUCUCUGGCAUGGAGAGCAGCUAGCAGCAGCGCUUGAGGAGGGAAUUCCUGAGACAAGUUUUCAAGUUUUGUUACACCCCGUUCCUGCGGUAGCAGCCUUUCGUCUCCAGAGUUGUCCAAAGCCCUCCCUUUGCUCUUCAUACGAAUCUGUGGAAAGAAAAAAAAAAAAAAAAAAAAAAGAAAAAGAAAAGGAAAGAAAAAAAGAAAACCCACUCUGGCUGCUCUUCAUGAAAAUCCCCCUCCCGGACCCCCGCUGUUUAACUUGAAGUCUGUGAUAAGUUGGCUGCGAGCAGGACAAACGUGUUAUUCGACAGAGAGCUACCAACUUUGGCAUCUGUGGUACAGUGCUGGAAAAUAAUGGCCUUGGAUAAGCACAUCCUUGCUUUGUGCUUCUUAUCGACAGAGAUGGCUCCCGAAGUUAAAGGGCCAAAUUCUGCUCCCAGAUUUCCUUCCCCCGCCCACUGAAGUCAAACAGGGACGUAGCUGCGAGCAGAAUUUGUCUCAUUGUCUUUUGAAAUGUUAAUAUCUCCAGGACGAGUGUUGGGUUCAGCAGGCACAGCUCUUACAACCCUGUUCGCAAGUCCCCUUUGAGCGAGGCUGGGGCACUGUAAGUUUACAUAGUUGUAAUUGCGCUGUAAACUCGGAGAAUACAUGAACUGGAGGCAUAAAGUACCAAAAAGAAAUAGUUUCCAGCUGCCAAUGCUCUGAAGGGUCAGGAAUGUCUAUAGCAACCACCAGAAGGACCCACAGGUCAUUAUCUCCCGUGGAAAACAAACCUGGGGUUUAUUUUUAUUGGGUUUUAACCCUCAUCCAGAGUUAUUUUGUGUAGGAAGGGGAGAUGGUUAUUUUUGUUUAUCAUGGGUGAAACGUUGUGCAUUAGAGCCUUUGUUAAAUGGUCGCAUUGUCCAGCAAUACUCUCAUCUCUGUUAAAGUGUGAUGCUUUUUAUAGACUUUACCUAUGUUUUGCUGCCAUUGAUUAAAGCGUUAUUUAUACUAAUU